GGGAGAAUGAAGUAGGGAAAUUGGCUUAUUGGCGACAAUUGGCUUUCCUCUUCUCUUCAAUGAACACACACGUGUUUUCUUCUUCAUUCCAUUCAAAAUGAUCUCUUGCUCCUGAUGCAGAUCGGGAGAAAAAUAUGUUGUUAUUCGACUGUGAUCCAUAAAUAUUUAAAAUAUGUAUUCAAGUAGUGAAGUUGCGAAUAAGUUUAUUUUAUUUUUCGUAUUUUUCUGUGUCGUUAGACUUUCUUUUUCUUCAGAUGAUUUCAACUUUUUGUACAGUAAGCUGACAUCAUUUCAAGCUCAUGCCUGUGAUGGGGAACAAUUAAAUCUUACCUGCACUCCAAAUACUGUAAUUAGUGUACAGUUCGUACAGUACGGAAGAUAUUCGACAUCUAAUGAACUAUGCCCUGGGCAAAAACCAUAUUACAGCUCUUGCAACGUCCAAGAUGCUUUAAAAGUUAUUCAGGCUCAGUGUCAUACUGGAAAAGUAUGUCGGCUUCUCAUAUAUCCCGAUAUGUUUCCCAGUGAUCCAUGUCGUGGGGUACAAAAAUACGCCGAAGUCAUGUACAAAUGUAGACCAGAAGAGUUUCUGAACAAGGUAGCGUGCGAAGACAAAUAUCUUUAUCUAAAAUGUCCCCCUGGUCAAGUUAUCAUAAUUUUAUCUGCCUAUUUUGGUACCACAAAAGAGGAUGUCAUCGAUUGUCCACAAACUGACAACACACGAACUGAAGAUUGUACAGUCAGUUACGUAGAUCAGACUGUUGAUAGAAUUUGUUCAGGAAAGGAGAACUGCUCAUUGUUAGCCGAUACUCUUACAUUUGGUGAUCCAAUGUGCAAAGGCAGAAAGCAUCUUAAAGUCAAGUAUAGUUGUGUUGAAAAAAUGGUUCUGGUGAAACAGUCGAUCAGCAUGUCGUCGGGUGAGAGUAUAGAGACGACUUCAUUUCCCGGCUGGUUCCGUGGAAAGGAUCAAUCAAUGAAACAGCCCAAUCAUUGGCCUCGUAAUUAUAUUGGGAGAACGACCGAAUCAUCGGACUUGUUAAAAUCAGAAAUGCAAAGUGAUGAGGUGCCCAUCGAUUAUUAUAAGACAGGAAGUACGACAGAGAAAAGGAAGAUAGUCGGUUUUAUGUCUGGAUGGGUAUCCGCUCAUAAAUAUGUCCAAGGGAAUAAAGAUAAAUUUAUUCUAUACACCACAGUCAGCUUAGGUGUCGGAUUCUUGCUAUUCAUAACCGUUUUGGCGGGACGGCUUUUCAUGAACAGAAUGAGAACAAAAUCAGAUGACGACAACGUUAUUCACAUUACUCCAGAAACAGAAGAUCAAUUUUUCAGUGACAGUGAUUUGGACCAGUUCGAGCCUCCAGAACCGCUGCCACUACCAGUGAACAAUUACACGGCUUCCAUGAAAAGGAAAGACAGUGAUGUGCUUCCACGUGCACCCAUUAAUACCGGCAGAGAUCUCAACCAUUAUUUCAGCUGAAAGAGUUGGGUGACAAUUUUGUAAAUAGAACCUUUUAAACGAAAGAACAAGGGUGAUUUCUAUUCUCUGCAUUAUAUUAAGUGUCAUUCAAAAGAGUAGAUAUUGAUUCCAAGUCAAUAAUUUAUUAUUUUGCAUAAGGGUUGACUGUUAACAGGGACACAAAUAGUCUCCUUUUAUAAGGAUAUAUAUCUAAUGUGCAUUUAGGACUUUAAUGCUAUUGUUGAGAAAACGAAAGCAAUGUUUCAGAUAUUGCUUGAAAUAAAGACAUUUUUUUCAAACUUCUAAUUAGUAAAGACAACAGUAUAGACUCUUUCGAUAUUUUUUCGGAAAACUAAGUUUGUAAAGUUACGAGUCUAAAUGAAUUUCAAAAUUAAAAUUUUGAGUUAGUUGCAGAGCAUGCAAUCCAUUUAAAUCUUAAUUACGAUGUUGUUGCUGUAGUAGGCCAUUAAGACCUUGGGGUGUUAUUGUUUUCCAGUGGCGCCAUCUAUGGUCAAGAAUUAGACCUCUGUCACCGAAUACUUAACAAUGUUGUGCACUUUUUUUACUUUCUGAGAUGCGAGAUGAGAAGUACGGUUUUCUGGAAAACGCCAUUAAAAUUAGAAGAUUUGUAUGGGUUGCACAACUUCACGUCAAUCUCUAAGCUUCUACAGAAAUCAGAAUUUCUUUUAAACAUAUGUUUAAGCUAAGUAAGCUUUAGAAAAUCAAAUCUAAAUAAAAGUUCUACAUUAAACAGUCGAUUUCGUUGUACUCGAAUGUUUUUCCCAUCCUGGAAUCAUGCGGUUCUAAUUAGAUAACAAACAAAAAGUGUUUGAUUCCCGUAUCAAAAUCCAAAAUUAUCCACCAUGUACCGCUUUCGUAGAAGAAAAGGGUCCUAGUUUCUUGUGAAUUCUAGGAUAUUUUGCUUUCUAAUGCAUCUAGAGCCUCGAAACUUCGAUAAGGUAGAUAAUUCUUUAGUCACCAAAAUGAUCGCCAAGUUGACAACGGUCCCACUGUCAAUGAGAACGCCUUUCCUUAGUAAAAUACCACCAAGCAAAAAUGUGGAUCUUUAUGAAAAUGAUACAUGGUAAACAGAAACCCCACAAAAAUUCGUUUUUUUCUUUUAAAGGACAUUUUUCAUGUAGUACAGUGUUGUUUUCCCUUAAUCAUCUGAAUUUUGCGUCAGGAUUAGUGAUUCAUUUUCAUUCAAAUUUAGUACAUGACUGCUUCAGUUGACUUUUACUUAUAAUUUAACCAACUAUAUCAUCUAAAUAAAGAACGAUAAUUCAUGGUUAUGUAUAAAUGAAAAUAAACAAAUGUAUAAAACACAAAGCAUUAAUUAAUUUAUUUAUAUGACUUUCUAUAUAUCUGUUACAAUCGAACAAUUUCAUAUAAACUUGAUUAAAUUUAUUCAAGCAGUA